UGCUGGUGCUAAUUAAAAACCUCAAACAUAUAAUCAUUUGGAGUAAUAGGCUUCCGCAGAAAGCCGAGGAAAAAGAAGAGAAAAGACGCACACCGAAGAAAAACACAAAGACUUCAUCAUCAUCUCCUGCUUUUUCUUCUCAGCAAGAAACUAGUUUGAUUCAGCCAUGGCUAAUGCGGCGUCAGGAAUGGCAGUCCACGAUGACUGCAAGCUCAAGUUUCUGGAGCUGAAGGCCAAGAGGACAUACCGUUUCAUUGUCUACAAGAUUGAGGAGCAGCAGAAGCAAGUGGUUGUAGAGAAACUCGGCGAGCCUGGUCAAUCCCAUGAUGACUUUGCAGCUAGUCUUCCUGCUGAUGAAUGCCGAUACGCCAUUUUCGAUUUUGAUUUCGUCACUGCUGAGAAUUGCCAGAAGAGCAAGAUCUUCUUCGUUGCAUGGUCUCCGGACACGGCUAGAGUGAGAAGCAAGAUGAUCUACGCGAGCUCUAAGGACAGGUUCAAGAGAGAGCUAGACGGGAUUCAAGUAGAGCUUCAAGCAACCGACCCAACCGAGAUGGAUCUCGACGUUUUCAAAAGCCGAGCCAAUUGAGGAACCGGUUGAAUCGAACUUCUUUCAUCUACUAUUGCCGAGUGAUAUGCUUUUACUUAAGGUUUGCUGUGACGGCACCAACCAAAAAAACAGCUUCAUUUUUAUCUGUCUUUAUUUUAUUUUGGUCCUUACAGUGUUGUCGUCUUAAAACUCAAGAGAUCUGGCUCGUGCUCUUAUUACCCUAAACCCUCUAUCAAAAAAUGAAUCCUAUUAGCACAUUUUGUCUUAA